CCCCACCUCCACGCCGGGCUCGGAGCUCGCGCGCCCAGGUUCUUCGCUCAGCCCCGCCGCGCUCCCUUCUCCCCAUCACGGGCCGCCCCGAAGACUCUGCUGCUCGGCGGCGGGCUCACCUUUUGAGGCCACCUGGCGCCUUUGUUCGCUGCCAGCAUGAUGCUUUCCUUGAGGAGCCUCGGGGGGCCGCUGCGUUGGUGACGAGUGCCCGUUUUCCAUCCGAAGAAAAGAAGGCAUCCCGAACCUACGAGCAGCAAUGCUGGUGAAAGAAUACCGGAUUUGUAUGCCUCUCACCACUGAUGAGUAUCGAGUCGGGCAGCUUUACACCAUCAGUAAGCACAGCCAUCAGGAGAGCGACCGAGGAGAAGGGGUGGAAGUGGUGAAAAACGAGCCUCACGAAGACCCCGUCCAUGGCCCGGGCCAGUUCACCGAGAAGCGAGUCCACCUGUCCAGCUUUGUCUCUUUCUCUGUCUCCCCUUUGCUACCUUGGGAUAUCUGGAAUUAUCUCACAACGGAUGCAGAAUACACAUGCUCGUUCCUGCCCAAAUUUUCUAUCUACAUAGAGACCAAGUAUGAAGAUAACUGCGGAAAUAGCACCAACGUAUUUCUCAAUGAAAAAAUCUUGGGAGACCAUGAAGUGAUGUUCUUGGACAUUGCUUUUGACGAAAUCCCAGACCGCUACUACAGGAGCUUAGAGGAUCUCCGGUCCUUCUGCUCAGCUAAGACUGGUCGCGGGCCACUACAGGAAGGCUGGCGGGAACAUACACAGCCUAUCAUGUGCUCUUACAAACUGGUGACCGUCAAAUUUGAAGUCUGGGGACUACAAACACGGGUAGAACAAUUUGUCCAUAAGGUCAUUCGAGAUAUUUUACUCAUCGGACAUCGCCAAGCCUUCGCCUGGGUGGACGAGUGGUCUGGCAUGACCAUGGACGAAGUCCGCUUAUAUGAGAAGGAGACCCAGCAGGCCACCAAUGACAUUGUGGGCGUCAUGACGCCCACCAUCUCCAUCAGCGAAGUCCACCUGCCCCCCAGCACUCAGAGCGCUCCCUCCAGUGCCCCCUCCACGCCGCUCAGCGGGGAAGCCCCCGAGUUCCUCCAUGUGCCCAAGGACCGCCAGCGGAAAAAAUCCGCCCCAGAAAUGCUCUCGCUGCCAGUGCUGCGGGAACGUUCCAACCUGGAGUAGCAACUAUCUCGAGUCCCUAUUCCUAUCCUUGCAGAGGAGCUCGUGAAUUAAUUUCCACAGAAGAAGAUCUGGUGUCCUUGAUAUCCUUGAUUUUCCCCCCCCCAAAAUUGUUCUUUAAUUCCAGGCUUUGCCUGGUAUCGGGCAAGAGAGGGAACUCCAGUUGAUGGAAGCCAUUGUUAAAUUGGGUGGGUGCCUUGGGAGAACUUGGGGGAUUCCGUCAGAUCUUGGAAGCAUCUCUAAGCCUUCUGCUCUGUUCCCAGGUCCUUCAAAAAACACAUUCCUGGCCAUGUCUACUGCCUUGGGUCAAAAGGUUUUUUUUUGGGGGGGGGAUACCAUUGGACCAUUGCUUGGUCUUCUAGACUACAUGGCUCAAUCAACAUAAAUUGGGGUCUCCACCCUUGUGUGUGUGUGUGUGUGUGUGUGUGUGUGUGUGUGUGUGUGUGUAAGCAUUGGGCAUGGCUCUGUUGCAGAUGGAAAACUGGUCGAUAUAAAUUCAGUGCCAAAAAAAUCCAUCCUGGAAAUAGAUCUGUAGUGAAGGGAGUCUAAUUCCACAUUAAAUUACAUUUUCUAGCCUCCUUUGACAAGGACACAGUGGCUCAGUGGCUAAGACGUUGAGCUUGUCGAUCGAAAGGUCGGCAGUUUGGCGGUUCGAAUCCCUAGUGCCGCAUAGCGGGGUGAGCUCCCGUGACUUGUCCCAGUUUCUGCCAACCUAGCAGUUCGAAAGCACGUAAAAAAUGCAAGUAGAAAAAUAGGGACCACCUUUGGUGGGAAGGGAACAGCGUUCCAUGUGCCUUUGACAUUGAGUCAUGCCGGCCACAUGACCCUGGAGACAUCUUCGGACAGCGCUGGCUCUUCGGCUUUGAAACGGAGAUGAGCACCGCCCCCUUCAGUCGGGAACGACUAGCACACAUGUGCGAGGGGAACCUUUACCGUUACCUUUACUGUUUGCCGGAUGAGGAAAUUGUCUAAGAAAAAGAGGACAUCAAAGGAAGAUGGGCAGCUCCAACCAUCACUUCGUCAGGGUGCCCAUUUUUGUGAGCCCCAACAAUUUACCUUUGAUUUGCCUCCUCCCCCACCCUAAUUUAAAGCAAAGCCCAGGGGAAAGGCAUUUUCGCCUUUCUUUGCUAAUUGUACACAGGUAAGCCACUUGGCAGAAUGCUUUCCUGCUGUUCCAAGCAGUCAAAAACCUAGUUAGGUUCCUUUUGCAUGCUGGUCAGCUGCAUGUUACCAUUAAGAGCUGUGGUGGCACAGUGGUAAGGAUGUAGAAUUGCAGGCUGACUCUGCCCACUGUCAGGAGUUCGAACCUGACCGACUUGAGGUUGACUCAGUCUUCCAUCCUUCUGAGGUUGGUAAAAUGACCCAGAAUGUUGGGGGCAAUAAUUUGACUCUGUAAAACUGCUUAGAGAGGGCUUUUAAAGCAUCGGGAAGCGGUCUAUAAGUCUAAGUGCUAUUGCUAUUUGACAAUAACUGCCACAAGUAAAGAAUAUGCCAAUCAAACAUCUGAAAGCCGAGUAAGUAUUGAAGGCUCAGCUGGCAAAGAAUAACUCAAGACCAUGUUGGCUGGAAAUGUGCAGUGGAUAGACAAUAGCUAGAACGAUGAUGAUGAUCUGGAACCCAUUCUCCAAUCUGGGUUGCAUUAUGACACAUUUCUGAUUCUUAGGGGAGGAGAGAUUGCAAAGCGAUAUUAGCCAUAUCGCUGUGUUAUUUCAGAGCAGGAAUAGGUAAGCAACGUUCUCUCGAUAUUUUGGACUACAAUGAACAAUUUGUUGACAUUGGCUGAAGUUGAUGGGAGUUGAAAGCCCAAACUUCUGCAGGUGCCAUCCUGUCCCUUGCUUUGGAAGGUUUAGGUCUUGAUAGGUAUUUGAGAAGACCUGGGAAGUGCCUCUUUUCAUUCGUGGCCUAGCACCUCCAGAGAGAAUUCAGAAAAACCAAUCUGAAGAACUUCCGUAGAUGGCAGAAGAAUGCAGCUGGACAUGAAACUUUUGUGUCUAGUCCCAAAACCAUGCAGUCCCUGAACUCAAGUUGUUCCUUGCUAACUAGCAGUUCUCAGGUGGAUGAGAAUCCCAACAGCCAGAUCUUCAACUAAGGUGUCUUAAAUUUGUGGGAUUCUCUUGGGUCUCUUGGAGACUUCUCCAACACCAUACAGGCCUAUAAAUGCAUCCUCUUGAGUCUUUGGCAAUUUGAACCAUCAGGUUUAUGUUCCCAAGCAACUGAUGGCCUCUUUUCUCUAUAGCUCGGGAUCUUUUCACAGUAAAGGUACCUUCUGGAGGUCCAUCCAUGGGACCAAAGCGUAAUGCCUUGUGGCCAACUUUCCCAUCACUGCUAACUGCCCUUGCUGGAAAAGGGGCCUCUGCUGUCCCCAAUUCCAUGGACAUUGGCCUUUCUAGUCUUUGUACAAGCACAAUUUGUAUUUGCACUGUUGUGCAGGGAUAUAGUCCUGCCUUCCCCCUUCUUCUGCUUAAGCAUUGGUUCUAUGUUUAUCUUGGUGGGUUUGUGUUCUCUUCCUCUUCUCUCCCCUCCCCUGUAAGCAAGCUGAGAAGUUGUACCUUCAGUCCGCAAAAAUAGGGAAGGAUUCUAGAGGCAAGCAGAACAAUAAAACAGUCAGACAAAAGUUGGCACCGUUGAUUAAUCCACAACUGAGAAGCAAGAACGUGGUGUCUGAAGUUCUCAUGGACCUUUCUGGAUUCCAUUCUCCAUCCAGGAAGAAAGCAAAGUCGGAAUAGAUACGGUGCCUGCAUCUGCUGUAACAUCUGUUGGAGGCUUUGUAGGUUGUCCGUAUCUAUUCUGUUGACCUUCUGGUAGAUGCUACACCCUCAAUCCUCUCUUACCUGCAGAUUUGGGGGAGUAAGUGUUCAAUCCUUUCAAAACUCCACACUCCCAAGUUUUGAAGAACCCAAACACCAACCCAGAAGAAUCAGAGACUGUUCUUAAAACCACGGGUAGCCUCUACUCUGUAAGACUUGGCUAAGAAUGAACUUGUAUCUUCUCCUUGCAAGGAGGGAAGUAGGAAGAAAAACCCUGUAAAUAUUUUGUGAUCUGUGUGGAAAUCGUACUGUAUGGUUUUGCUUUUGGGUUUUCCCCCCCACUGGGGUGAUAAAAGGCCGCUUCUGACAGAAAGCUGUCAUGUGAUUGCUGAAUUGUUUUGACACCUGUGGAAGGCACGUGGCAUUAGCAAACCACCACUUGACUCGUCUCUCUCUCCUCCCUUCAAAUAGGAUAGGAUAGGACAGGACAGGACAGGACAGGACAGGACAGGUGCAGUGGAGUGGAGUGGAGUGGAGUGGAGUGGAGUAAGUAGAAUAGAUUAGAAUAGAAUAGAAUGAAAUUAGGAAAGGAAUAGAAUAGAAUAGAAUAGAAUAGAAUAGAAUAUAAUAGAAUAGAAUAGAAUAGAAUAGAAUAGAAUGAAAUUAGGAAUGGAGUGGAGUGGAAUAGAUGGAGUGCAGUAAGUAAAGUGGAGUGGAGUGGAAUAGAAUAGAAUAGAAUGGAAUAGAACAGAAUAGAACAGAUUGAGUGGAGUGGAGUAAGUAGAGUAGAGUAGAAUAGAAUAGAAUGAAAUUAGGAAAGGAAAGGGAAAGGAAUGGAAUGGAAUAGAAUAGAAUAGAAUAGAAUUAUCUUCUAUUCGAAUAAUAGAUUCUAAUUCUAGUUAAAAAAUCUAGUUAAUUAAUUCUGGAGUUUGUAGAACUGUUUGCCUAACUCUGCUAGCUAUUGAGAAGAACAUAUCUUCUCUAGCGAUGUAGUUAUUUUUUUAAUUGGGGGGGGGUAAGGAAUAUAGCGAUCGUGAGCUCCAGUGUACGCACAAAUAUGUUCUCCGGGCAUUCUUCUAAGGAUAAUUUUAAUGAGGAUUUAAUAAAACGGGAAUUUAAUUCGUUAAGUAUGAAGUGGGUCGAGGGGUAGCAUUGACCUUUAGCCUCAACUUUACAAAAUCGCUUCCCGCCUCCUCAGGGUCCUGUAGGCCACUCACAGAAAAUGAAAAGUGGGAGUACGUGGUCAGAUGCUUAGUUUGGCAUUUUGCCCAUUAUUUCUUAAGACAUGCAGCCUUUUUGGAGGUAGAGCAAUUGCGUUCCCAAAGAAAGAUGGACAGGAUUCCAGCAGGGG